CGGUUCUCCUCCCGUUCUUCUCACCGGUGUCGCAAUUUUAUUAGUCCCGCACCGAUCGAGAGAAAGAGAGAGACGGGACUAAGAAAACAAAUGGCCGACGACGUAACGCCAGAUGUGGUGCGAGUGCGAGCCGGCAAAACGGCCGACAAGCGUCGGAGUUGGCAUGUUGCUCGCGUAGCUGCCGACAUUCAACGCUCACUGGCUGAACAAAGUCCUACGAGACAAGCAAGGUCCAGUUGGCAUCCUAACGAUGAUUGGAGCUUGUCUUAUCAUCAAGGCUCGGGCUGGGCCACAACGGCCGAUAGUGGCGUCAGUAGCGACCAGGUAGGACAGCAGCAGCAGCAGAAAGCCAGUUUCUCUAUCGCUUCGUGGGCUGACCGUCCGGUUCCCAAGGAAAUGGACGCCCUAGCCAAUUAUUCGUCGAAACAACCUGUGCACCAACAAAAUAGUAGCUCCGAUGAGGAUAGCCAAAACGAUCUUGUGCCUCCAGUUUUCAUUGUUCCAGUGAUUUUAUCCACAACGGACCCACCUGAUGUCCAAGUGCUCAACCAACACAAACGAAUUGUCACCACUUUGGCUGACAAUUACAUUGACGUCGUCGUCAAAGAGUUGCGAGAUGAACGUGAGAGUGUACAAAAGAAGACGUUCCAAAAAUGGGUCAAUUCUCAUCUUGUACGCGUCGGAAAUCGCAUCGGAGAUCUUUACACAGAUCUCCGCGAUGGCAAAAUGCUUUUGAAACUACUAGAAGUUCUCUCUGGCGAACGUCUGCCGCGUCCGACCAAAGGCAAAAUGCGUAUUCAUUGCCUGGAGAACGUGGACAAGGCUCUGCAGUUCCUCCGAGAUCAGCGUGUCCAUUUGGAAAACAUGGGCUCUCAUGAUAUCGUGGACGGCAGUUCCCGUUUAACUCUUGGUCUUAUCUGGACCAUUAUUCUUCGUUUCCAGAUUCAAGACAUUACAAUUGAGGAGACAGAUAAUAACGAAACACGUUCGGCCAAGGACGCCCUUUUGCUCUGGUGUCAAAUGAAAACCGCCGGUUAUCAGAACGUCAACAUUCGAAAUUUCACGACUUCGUGGCGCGAUGGUUUGGCUUUCAACGCCAUUAUUCACAAACACUGCCCGGAAUUGGUCCAGUACGACAAACUCUCCAAAUCCAACGCCAUGUUUAACUUGAACAACGCCUUCAAUGUGGCUGAACAAAAGCUCGGUCUCACCAAACUGCUCGACGCCGAAGACAUUUACGUCGACCAGCCCGAUGAGAAAUCCAUCAUCACAUACGUUGUCACCUACUAUCACUAUUUCUCCAAGUUAAAGCAAGAAACUGUCCAGGGAAAACGUAUUGGCAAGGUUGUUGGUCUCGCCAUGGAGAACGACCGCAUGAUCACCGAGUACGAGACUUUGACGAGUGACUUGCUUCGCUGGAUCGAGUCGACAAUCCAGUCGCUAAGCGAGCGUGACUUUGCCAACUCGCUGGCCGGUGUCCAGCAGCAGCUGUUGCAAUUCAAUAAUUACCGCACGCUGGAGAAGCCGCCCAAGUUUGUGGAGAAGGGCAACUUGGAAGUGUUGCUCUUCACCCUUCAGUCAAAGAUGAGGGCCAAUAAUCAGAAACCCUAUUUCCCCAAAGAAGGCAAAAUGAUCUCUGAUAUUAACAAGGCGUGGGAGCGUCUGGAAAAGUCAGAGCACGAGCGUGAGCUCACUCUUCGCGAAGAACUCAUCCGUCAAGAAAAGUUGGAGCAGUUGGCUGCCCGAUUUGAUCGCAAGGCCGGCAUGAGAGAAACUUGGCUCAGUGAAAAUCAACGUCUCGUCUCCCAGGACAACUUUGGAUUCGACUUGGCCGCUGUUGAAGCUGCCGCUAAGAAACACGAGGCCAUCGAGACCGACAUUCUUGCCUAUGAGGAACGUGUCCAGGCGGUUGUGGCUGUCGCACAGGAGUUGGAGGCAGAAAAUUAUCACGACAUCGAUCGCAUCAACGCUCGUAAAGACAACGUUCUUCGCCUAUGGCAGUAUCUCCUAGAAUUGCUCAGAGCAAGACGCAUGCGUUUGGAACUUUCCCUUCAGCUGCAACAAAACUUCCAGGAAAUGCUUUAUAUCUUGGACUCGAUGGAAGAAUUGAAAGUCCGCCUGUUGUCGGAAGAUUACGGUAAACAUUUGAUGGGCGUCGAAGACCUGCUUCAAAAGCACGCCCUGGUCGAAGCAGACAUCAACGUCUUGGGAGAACGCGUUAAAAUGGUAGUCCAGCACUCGCAACGCUUCUUGGAGACUGAAGCUACUGGUGGAUUUGGUCCGUGCGAUCCCGCCAUUAUUGUCGAUCGCGUCCAACAGCUCGAGGAUGCCUACGCUGAACUGGUUAAACUGGCCGUGGAGCGCCGUGCUCGCUUGGAAGAAAGCCGCAAACUUUGGCAAUUUUACUGGGACAUGGCUGACGAAGAAAACUGGAUCAAGGAAAAAGAACACAUUUUGUCGACUGGCGAUAUUGGGCAUGAUUUGACUACCAUUCACCUGCUCAUCUCGAAACACAAGGCUCUAGAAGAGGACAUUGCCAGCCAUGAGCCGGCCCUCUAUUCGGUAGUCAACGUUGGCGAAGAGCUUAUUCAGCAGGAGCAUUUCGGCUCGGAAAAGAUCCAAGAGCGCAUUACCGAGAUGGUAGAGAUGUGGAAUCACUUAUGCGAAACGGCCGCCUACAGACGCAAGCGAUUGGAGGAAGCCGUCAGCUACCACCAGUUCUUUACCGAUGCCGAUGAUGUUGACACUUGGAUGCUGGAUGUUUUGCGACUGGUUUCCAGUGAAGAUGUUGGCCGCGAUGAAGCCAACGUCCAGUCUCUACUUAAAAAACACAAGGACGUUACAGAGGAACUUAAGAAUUACGCCUCCACAAUCGAUGCUCUUAAAGAGCAGUCUGAACAACUCGGCGAGCAGGAUCGUACUUCACCCGAAGUCGUCGAACGUUUGGCUAGCAUCGAGCGUCGCUACAGGGAAUUGAUGGAAUUGGCUAAACUGCGCAAACAACGUUUGUUAGAUGCCCUUUCACUGUACAAGCUGUUCUCAGAAGCUGACGGAGUUGAACAAUGGAUUGGUGAGAAAGAACGCAUGUUGGAGACAAUGGUUCCGGCCAAGGACAUUGAAGAUGUCGAAGUCAUGCGUCAUCGCUACGACGGUUUCGAUCGUGAGAUGAACGCCAAUGCUUCCCGUGUGGCAGUUGUCAAUCAACUGGCCCGCCAAUUGCUUCACGUUGAACAUCCGAAUUCGGAAGAUAUUGUGGCUCGCCAAAAUCAGCUCAACGCCCGCUGGGCCGAGUUGCGUGAUCGAGCGGAAGCCAAGAGAGAUGAACUUCAAUCAGCCCAUGGUGUCCAGACGUUCCACAUCGAAUGUCGCGAAACCAUCUUGUGGAUUGAAGACAAGAUCCGCAUUCUCCAAUCCACCGACAGUUUGGAAAUGGAUUUGACUGGCAUCAUGACAUUGCAGCGUCGCCUGUCCGGCAUGGAACGCGACCUAGCCGCUAUCCAGGCUAAAUUGGACUCUCUUGAUAAGGAAGCCGAGAAGAUCGGCGUAGAACAUCCCGAAGAAGAAGAGGUUAUCCACGAACGCCUGGGACAAAUCCGCUCAGUUUGGGAGAACUUGACUCAGAUGUUGAAAGAGCGCGAUGCUAAAUUGGAAGAGGCUGGUGAUCUGCACCGCUUCUUGCGCGACUUGGAUCACUUCCAGGCGUGGUUGACCAAGACCCAGACAGAUGUAGCCUCCGAGGAUAUCCCUGCUUCCCUCGCAGAAGCCGAGAAAUUGUUGAGUCAACAUCAAGGUAUCCGCGAGGAGAUUGAUAACUACACCGAUGAUUAUUCACGUAUGAUGGAUUACGGUGAGCGCAUCACUGCCGAAGAGACGACAUCGGACGACCCGCAAUACAUGUUCUUGCGAGAGCGACUCAAGGCCCUGCGUGACGGCUGGGAGGAAUUGCAUCAAAUGUGGGAGAACCGCCAGCAAUUGCUCUCUCAGUCCCUCAACCUGCAAAUGUUCUUGCGAGAUGCCAAACAAGCGGAAGUUCUUCUCGCUCACCAAGAACACGUUCUCUCCAAGGAUGAAAUGCCAGCCAAUUUGGAACAAGCAGAGAAUGCCAUUAAGCGCCACGAAGCAUUCCUUACCACAAUGGACGCCAACGACGAUAAGGUCAACAACGUAAUCCAGUUUGCUCAGCGUUUGGAAGACGAGGGCCACUUUGCAGCCGACAAGGCCCAACGAAAAGCAGAAAACAUUAGUGAACGUCGCGAGGCUAACCGCCAGAGAGCCGUUCAACUUAUGGAGAAGCUGCGUGACGCCCUCCAACUUCAACAGUUCUUGCAAGACUGCGAAGAGCUUUCCGAAUGGAUCCAAGAAAAGAACAUAAUUGCCCAGGACGAGACUUAUCGCAGCGCUAAAACAGUUCACUCCAAGUGGACUCGUCACCAGGCUUUUGAGGCUGAAAUAGCUUCAAACAAAGACCGACUCUACCAUAUCCAGCAGGCUGGGGAGCAAUUGAUUACUGAAAAGCCAGAAAUUAUUUCAACCAUUGAUCCGCGUAUCCAGGAAUUGAGUCACCAGUUUGAUGACCUCGAGAGGACAACACGCGAAAAGGGUGAACGCUUAUUCGACGCUAAUAGGCAAGUCCUUUACGAGCAAACCUGCGAUGACAUCGAUACCUGGAUGUCUGACCUGGAGAAACAGAUGGUGACUGGAGGCACUGGCGAGGACUUGGCCUCUGUCAACAUCUUGAUGCAGAAGCAGCAGAUGAUUGAAACGCAGAUGGCAAUCAAAGCCCAGCAAGUGUCUGAAUUGGGCGCACAGGCCGAGUAUUUGGAGCGCAUGACGCCCGAGAAGGUGGAAGACAUUCAACAGAAGAAGGAAGCUGUCGAAAGAAGAUUCGAUGAGCUGAAAGCACCACUGGUCAGACGCCAACGCGAUUUGGAAAAGAAGAAGGAAGCAUACCAAUUCCGUCGCGACGUCGAGGACGAGAAGCUCUGGAUCUCAGAUAAAAUGCCGUUGGCCACUGCCAGCGACAAUGGCAAUUCACUCUUCAACGUCAACGUCUUGAAAAAGAAGAACCAGUCACUGAGAACAGAAAUCGACAACCAUGAACAGCGCAUUCACUUGGUAUGCAACAACGGACAGAAAUUGAUCGACGAAGAUCACGCCGAUUCUGAAGAGUUCUCCAACCUCAUCGAAGAAUUGCUCGAUACUUGGCAGACACUGAAAGACGCCAUGGAUAAUCGACGAGCCAAACUGUUGGCUUCUGAACGUGCCCAGCAGUACUUUUUCGAUGCCAGUGAGGCCGAGUCAUGGAUGAGCGAACAGGAACUGUACAUGAUGGUGGAAGAUCGCGGAAAAGAUGAAAUUUCAGCCCAGAACUUGAUGAAGAAACAUCAAACUUUGGAACUGGCCGUGGAAGACUACGCCGAGACCAUCCGCUCUCUUGGAGAGACAUCCACCCAGCUUAUCGCUGAAGGACAUCCAGACAGUGACCAGAUUGCCGUUCGACAAGCCCAGGUUGACAAAUUGUACGCUGGUCUUCGCGAUCUGGCUCAAGAACGCCGUGCCAAGUUGGAAGAAGCUUUGCAGCUCUUUAUGCUUAGCCGCGAAGUCGACGAUCUCCGCCAAUGGAUCGCUGAUCGUGAAGUCGUUGCCGGCUCUCACGAACUCGGUCAGGAUUACGAUCACGUCACACUUCUCUGGGAACGCUUCAAGGAAUUUGCCCGAGACACUGAAACGAUCGGCACUGAACGAGUGGCAGCCGUCAACGAGAUCGCUGAUCAGCUGAUGGGUGCCCGUCACUCUGACGCCGCUACUAUCGCCGAAUGGAAGGAUGAUCUGAACGAAGCCUGGGCUGAUCUCCUGGAAUUGAUUGAUACGAGAACGCAAAUGUUGGCUGCCUCACGCGAACUGCACAAGUUCUUCCAUGAUUGCAAAGACGUGCUGGGCCGCAUCGUCGAGAAACAAAACACACUUUCUGAUGAGUUGGGAAGAGAUGCAGGAUCCGUGUCCGCACUCCAGAGAAAACACCAGAAUUUCAUCCAGGAUCUUCAGACGUUACAGAGUCAAGUCCAGGGUGUCCAGGAAGAUUCACAGCGACUCCAAACAGCUUACGCCGGAGACAAAGCUCGUGAAAUCACUGGUCGUGAAGGUGAAGUUGUCAAUGCCUGGCUACAGUUGCAAGCCUUAUGCGAAGGCCGACGCCAGAAAUUAGCCGACACCGGAGACCUCUUCCGAUUCUUCUCCAUGGUACGCACUCUUGUUUUGUGGAUCGAAGACCUCAUCCGACAGAUGAACACAACAGAAAAACCACGCGAUGUGAGCGGUGUUGAACUAUUGAUGAACAAUCACCAGAGUCUCAAGGCUGAAAUCGACGCAAGAGGAGACAAUUUUUCAGCCUGCAUUGCUCUUGGCAAAGAACUUUUAUCCAGAGGGCACUAUGCCACCAACGAGAUCAAAGAGAAACUUGUAGCCCUCACCAACCAACGCAACUCCAUGUUACAUCGAUGGGAGGAACGUUGGGAACACCUCCAGCUCAUUUUGGAAGUCUACCAAUUCGCCCGCGACGCCGCCGUUGCUGAAGGAUGGUUGAUGGCGCAAGAAUCCUACCUGAUGAGUCAUGAAUUAGGACACACCAUAGACGAAGUAGAAAAUUUGAUAAAGAAACACGAGGCGUUUGAAAAGUCUGCUGCUGCCCAAGAAGAACGUUUUGCUGCCCUAGAAAGAUUGACAACGAUGGAAUGGAGUUUGCAUGGUGAUGGUGUUCGCGCUCGUUCUCGUGAGUGGGUCGUGAAUCGUCCUAGUUGGCAUCCCGGUUACUUUCAUCCUACAUCCUUUGUUGUGGAUUCGCCAUACAGAAAUUUACUUCGCUCUAUUAGUGACCAAACACCUAGUCCAACUUGCAUCAAGGAACUCUUCGACGAGUCAGCAUCCAACAAGGAAGAUGACCGCCUUUUCAUUUCUAACAAUUCCUCCGCCUCCUCGUCUCCCCAUUUAUCCCGCCUUUCUCAUUCCACCUGCGUUUCGGACUCGUCCGUCUCUUCAUCUGACGCCUCGGCUUCCGGCGACAAAUUAAAAAAGCGCCGUAAAUACUUGAAAAAGAGGAGCAUUAAACGACGGAACACGAGUCAGUCCUUCAAAAGCCCCCAAGAAGGAUGCAGUGGCAAAGCAGAAUCGCCCAGUGCUGUCUAUUGCGAAGAAUGGAUUUUCAGUAACGCCAACCACCAGCCAGAUUUAAGCAAACGACUUACUUUUGCUGGAUUGAGUGACUUUGAGCAAAAGAAAGUUUCUGAUUCCCUUGAAUUGAGAAGAAAAAGCCUUGAAAAUGACCUGUCCAAGAGUCCUAAGAAGAAUUCGAGUUGGUUAAAUAUCUGGCAAAAUAUAUUGCGAAUCAGUCCGAAAGCAAAAAGUAAACCCCAAGAACCAGUCAACAUUGAAAUUCGUCCAAUGGUCGGCCGAGUCUCUGCUCUACCUUCCAUUUCUGAAGGCGGCUUGUCCGAAACCCAAUCCGCCCAUUCCACUCCUUCCGUAACACAAUUUUCUGUAGCCCUUUCCUCUGCUUCUGGUAGUGUAACUGCAUGUAACGCACAAUCUUCUAACACUACUAAUCACAAGUACGAAUUGAAAGAAUUGAAACGACGUCAAGAAGACGAUGAACGACAAAGGGCAGAAGAAUUGGCUGCUCAACAAGCUGCUCUGGCCGCACUUCAUUCUCCACCCGAAGGAUCACAUCACGACCAAACUGACGGAGACACGUCGCCAUCCGAGCCUAUAUCUGGCAGUACCGAUAAGGAUCCCACAACAGAAGCCACCGAAGGGAGAGCUUCACCUAAAGCUGAACAAGCUAUUAAACCGGUGCCAGUGCAUGCCAAAGUUGAAGCAACUUCUUCGCCUUCCUAUUCUGCUUCUGGACAGACCGUACCAGUUUCACCUAGUAGCCCAGGAGCUUCGUCGACAACCGCAUCGUCAACGGGUCGUUCGGCCAGGCCGUCAGAUACGUCCCGUACGCCUACAACCACCACCAGUCCGCCAAAAGGCAAAGGAUCUCGAUCACGUUCCAAGUCCCCCUUCCGCUCCUUCCGCUGGAAAAAAUCAUCGAAAAGCCAGCUUCCGUCUGGCGUUGGAAGCGUUUCAGAUGACGAAGCUGCUGCUUGCGAUGAUGAAGAAGAGCGCCGCAGUUCUGUAGCUGGUGGAGACGACGUGUAUGAGGGUACGGUUACCCGCAAACACGAAUGGGAAUCGACUACUAAGAAAGCAUCCAGCCGAUCUUGGGACAAGGUCUAUUUGACUCUGCGCCAAGGAGAUUUGGCUGUCUACAAAGAUCAAAAGACUGCUAGGGGUACUCCCGAAGCUCAUUAUCGCAACGAAAGUCCGUUGGACAUUCGCACGGCUGUUGCUGAAGUGGCUGCUGAUUACACUAAGAAGAGACACGUCUUCCGUCUCAAGUUAUCCAACGGUGGCGAGUAUCUAUUCCAGGCUAAGGAUGACGAAGAAAUGAAUGGAUGGGUCACCAAGCUCCAGGCUUCUACUACCGCCGCAGUCGAGAGUGCGAGCGCAGGAUCCUCACGAGCUCAGACGAUGCCGGCACAGGCAACAAAAGAUGAGCCCAAGAAACGAAGUUUUUUCACACUAAAGAAGAAAUAAUCAAGAACCAUCCAGCAAAUAUACCCCCCCUCCCAAUUUAUGUCAAAACAAAUGAAGAAGAAGAAAAAAAAAGAAAUUGAGGGAAGUUUUCUUUCCCAUCCAAUCAUUUUCUCCCCUCGCUUUCUAUAUAUGGGAAGAUGUAGUAGAUCGAUUUUACCACCAACUUUCUAUUUUGUUUCUUAUUGAGGCAGACGGUCCCUUUUUUGUCCCCUUAUAAUGCCACGCCAGGUGCUCUCCGCUUUUUUUUUGUUUCGUACACGGAAUAGUGGUUCGAUUUCCAAGUUGAAUUAAGGAUAGAACGGAUGAAGGGAAAAUUAGCCUGGAAACAAUACGCUUCGCAACGUACAGGCUUACAUGGGUGGCGGGCUUCUCUCUCUCUUUCUCUCUCUCUUUUUUGUCUUUUUUUUUCCUCCUGGAUUAUGACCGCUUUUCAUCUGUGUCUUCUAUCCUAUCUGGACGCAUCGUAAACCAUGGGAAGCCAAACUGUUCCUCAAAUGUCAACACUGCCAUUGAAAGAGAACGUCUGUCACCGACCGGUACUAAAAUCGCUAAAGAAAAACUUCUUCUUCCCACCCACAACAUACGAGUUGAUUCCCUGUAUUUUGAAAUUUCAUCUUUAAAACAAAACAAAAAAAUAAUAAUAACAUUUGAGAUUUCCACCGUCUUCUAGCAACUAGAUCACACAUAUGACACUAAGAAAGAACAAGGCUUUUGAUCCUUUUGACAGCAUAUUUGUCAGUGGAACUUCAUUUUGAUUUCUUUUUUUCCUUGGCAGUAGUUUAUUGUGUGCUGAUAUUGAGGUCUAUUCAAUCCCGCCUAGAUGAUAUAAUAUAACACCCAACUUUCUCCUCACUGUGUGCUUGUCAUUUUAACGCUUUAUAGUAACACUGUUACGACGAUUUUCAUGUCAAAGGCAUUUUUUCUUUCAAAAACAAACCGGCAUAUACAGUUAUGAUUCCCCACAGCUGAACUUUCGGAGUUUUUUUUUCACAUUCUUGAGUUAUUUUACCUUCAUUAUAAUCUGGUUCUUUUAUGUUCUAGAGUUGAUCGUCUCCCAUGUAUAUCUGUACUGCUGUAAUCCUCAAAAUAUAUCAGUUUUCACAUCUUGA